GUCGACUCGCAAACCGGAAGUGACGUGUUCGCGCCGGUUCGAAUCGCGCGCAGGAGAGCCGCUCUUUCUCUGGUUCACGUGAUGCUUCAGUAAAUCUGAACGCGUGUGUGUUGUGUUGUGUUUGUUUGUUCGUUGUGUGAUGGAUCAGUGUGCAGUAGAUGAGCUGUACGAGGCGUUUGCUGUACUGGCCGGAAGUGACCCCGAUCACUGCUCUUAUCCGAAGGGCUACAUGAAGAGGCAGGCAGUGUUUGCGUGUAACACGUGUGUUCAGUCUGGUAUGGACCCCGCUGGUGUGUGUCUGGCCUGUGCAAACACGUGUCACGAUGGACACGACAUCUGUGAACUCUACACCAAAAGGAAUUUUCGUUGUGACUGUGGUAAUGAGAAAUUUCCUGGCUUCACAUGCAAACUUCAUGCUGACAAAGAAGGACAGAAUGUGAAGAACUCGUACAACCACAACUACUUCGGACGCUUCUGCUCGUGUGACCGACCGUAUCCUGAUGAAGACGAUCAGGUUAAUGAAGAAAUGAUCCAGUGUAUCGUGUGUGAAGACUGGUUCCACGAGAAACAUCUGCAGGCUCCAGCGGUGGACUGUGAGGCGCUGAUGGAGAUGAUCUGUGCUCGCUGCAUGACUCGAGCGCCGUUCCUCUGGACGUAUGCCGAUCAUUUUGCAGUUUCUCCCGUAAAUAAAGAAGGCCUUUGUAAAGAGCAGACAGAUGCUGGUGUGAUGUCAGAUGAAAAGGGAAAGUGUUUCCACACAAGUGUCCACGAUGUGUCCUCAGCGAGUCUGUGCUCUCAGCCGGAGGAAACGUCUGGAGCCGCAGGCCGCAUGUCCAGCCCUGAUCCAGUGACCGAUCUACAGCUCUCCAAAGCCACCCAAUGUGUUUUAAAUGAGCUCAAGGCCAAAGACGCAGCGAGAGCGAGAGCCGGCUCGGUGUUCUGGCCUUAUUUCUGGAGAGCCAAACUCUGCACAUGUACCGACUGCAAGAGGAUGUAUGUAAAGACGGGCGUUCCUUUCCUGCUGGACGAGUCGGACACACUGCUGGCUCAUGAGGAGAAAGCCAAAGCUGAAACACUGACGAGUGAAGACCUGCUGCUGUCCUGCAUCUCCUCCCUGAACCACGUGCAGCAGCUCGAGAUCAUUCACCAGUACAAUGAGUUGAAACAUGAGCUGCGUGAGUUUCUUCAACAGUCUGCAGACCAGAGACAGGACAUCACUCCUGAAGCUUUCCGUGAGUUUUUGGAGGAACUGCAAACAAGAAAGAGGAGACGGUUGAACUGAACCAAUCAACAUCACAGAGUAUUAUCAGACUUCUCUUUAGAGUGGAUCCACUUUAAUAAAGUCUCAGAGCAAAAACACCA